AUGGAGCUGAAGCUUAAGGAGAAAAUGGUUAAAGAUCAGUUUGAACAGGUUGAGGCCAAAGAGCAACAGCUUGGAUUGAAGAGAGAUUUUGAGUUGAAAGAAAAAUGUCUUGAGCAACGUAAUCGAGAGCUUGAAGCCAAAGAGAAGCAUUAUGAUGAAUGUAAGAGAAAAGUUGAACUAAGAGAGAAGGAGAUUGAAGAAUUAUCUGCAGAACAUAGGAGAAAGUAUGAGCAACAGUCCAACGAGCUUGAGUUCAAUGUUAAGAAGUGUGAGCAGCGAUUCAGAGAUCUUGAUUUAAAGGAGAAGAAACUCGUGGAAUGGUCUAAAGAACUUGAAAGAAAGAAUCUUGCUUUAGCCCUGCAUCCUCAAGUGAAAAAUGAAUCAGCAGCGCUGGAAAGAUCAUGGUUGAUUGGCACUGAAGUUGCUAUGGCUCUUCAACUUGCAGCAGAGCCUGCAAAGCUUGUCUUGGAUGCAAUGGAGGGGUUUUACCCUCCACAUUUGAGUAAGGGAGACGGGGAGUUUGAAGGGAAUGUUGCCAGAAGAAGUUGCAUUCUCUUGUUAGAGCAAUUGAUGAAAAUCUCACCUGCAGUUAAGCCUCGUGUUAGAAAAGAAGCUAUGAAGCUUGCCUUUGAUUGGAUAACAAAAAUGAGAGUUGAAUCUGGCCAUGAAUUGGAGGUCUUGGGAUUUCUGCGUCUUUUAGCCCCUUUCCAAUUGGCUGGUGCUUUUGAUGCUGAUGAGCUUGUCAACUUUUUGGUGUUUGUUGCUCAACAUAUUCAAACUCCUGAAUUAUUCAGGGCUCUUGGUUUGGGAGAUAAGAUCACUGGUAAAAAGCAGCAUAUGGAGGCAAUUAGAUUUAUUUAUGCUUUUGAACAGGUUAAUGAGUUCCCUCCAGUACCUGUGUUGAAAGAUUUCUUGAAUCAUUCUAAGGCUGAAGCUAGAUCAAUUUUGAAAAAGGGAAAAAUGGAGCCUAAAGCACAGAAUGAGGCAAACACCAAAAGAAUUGCUGAUCUGAGGGCUGUUGUCAAAUGCAUUGAAGAUCAUAAACUCGAAUCUGAGUACCUACCUCAAGAUCUUAAGAUGCUUAAGAAUUUAAUUCUCUCUCUUGAAAAUAUAAACGAAAGCAGAAGUAUUACCUCCCCAGAAGCUAACCAUGCCCUUAACACUGCUCCUAUGAGUGAGACCUCAUCACAGAAACAAGGUGGUAUUAAGCGACCACGAGAGUUGGUAGCUGCUGAAGUUGCUGGAAAUGUCCCUCUUGGUGCCAAGACCACUGUUUCCUCAAAUAAUGUCUCCUAAGAAUCUAAAAGGGUCAAAACAAGGGCAAAUACCAUUUUAUCACACGAGACAACGACCGUUCGACUUCCCUCCAUCAUUGACCAUAACAAAGGGCCAUAUGAUCCAAUGUAGUUCUAUUUUGUAUGUUCGUAUUUAAUACACCAGACUAAGGGUGCGUUUGGUUUACGGAAUGU